CCAAGUCAGCCUCGUUCUGGCCGUCGCCACCGCGCUGAGGCGGAGUAGGAUGAGGCCCGCGGCCGGGGAUCCGGCGUUGGCGGGCGCGGCAGCAGCUGAGGCAGCAGCUGAGGCAGCCGUGACGGCCGCGCCCCCACCUCCUGACCUGGAUUAGGCCCAGCAGCUCCGUGGCCGCCGCCGCCCCGCGGGGGGGCGGGGUGGGGAAGUGCUCCGUCUCCCCGCCCCCCCCCCAACACCGCCGCGGAGGAGGCAACCGCCGCGACCCUAGUGGAGCCCGCGGCCGAGGCUUGAGCCCCCAUCUCCGGGGGCUGGCAUGAGCAGCCCCGCGGCAGCGCCGAGGGGCGGGGGAGCUGCUGCCGCCUGAGCUCCGGCCUGUCGCCCGACCCCACCUCGCCGACCGAGGCUGACCGCGGAGUGUGGGAACGACCCCGCCACUCCUUUCUUCCUUCCCUAGAUCACACACCCAGCCCCGGAAGAUGGGGAACUGCCUCAAAUCCCCCACCUCGGAUGACAUUUCCCUGCUUCACGAGUCUCAGUCCGAUCGGGCUAGCUUUGGUGAGGGGACGGAGCCGGAUCAGGAGCCGCCGCCGCCAUAUCAGGAACAAGUUCCAGUUCCAGUUUAUCAUCCAACACCUAGCCAGACUCGGCUAGCAACACAGCUGACUGAAGAGGAACAAAUUAGGAUAGCUCAAAGAAUAGGCCUUAUACAGCAUCUGCCUAAAGGUGUUUAUGACCCCGGGAGAGAUGGAUCAGAAAAAAAGAUCCGGGAGUGUGUGAUCUGUAUGAUGGACUUUGUUUAUGGGGACCCAAUUCGAUUUCUGCCAUGCAUGCACAUCUAUCACCUGGACUGUAUAGAUGACUGGUUGAUGAGAUCCUUCACGUGCCCCUCCUGCAUGGAGCCAGUUGAUGCAGCACUGCUUUCGUCCUAUGAGACUAAUUGAGCCAGGGUCUCUCGUCUGACACUUCAAGUGAACCAUCAUUUUUGGUGGUUUUGAUCUUUUGUCACUGAGCCCAAAGAGCCAGGGAUUAGGAAUUAAGAUCAUGCACAAAAGUUUCCUAAAAAUUCCUGAAUGGCUUCAGAUGUUGGGGAAAAGUACGUGAUAUUUUAGAAACUUAGGGGUAAAAGUAGGAUGGUAUUUUUAUGUAAAGCCUUGACCCAGUGUGUAAAAAAUAUAAUUGUAUUUAGAUCUUGUUAUUGCUCCAGUACAUAGGAAUUGUGUAAAGUGUUACAGCAGCUGUAUAUGUUUAAAUUGUGUGUAUUGAAGAUUUUAUUAGGAAAAAGAUAGUGGUUAUUUUUCCUAAAUGAAAUAACUUUCUUCUUCCCACCAAAAUUCUUUUCUGAAGUUGCUGGCAUUUGGGUCAAGGUUUUAUUAAAAGCUACGUUUUAUAACACUGGCACAAAAAAAAGUAGUUUUAAGCUUGUUUGCACAGUUCUUUUUUUCCAUUGGAAAUGGAAUCCAUUGCCUUAGGUCUUUUUAAAUAGUGUAUUAUUAUCGUUGGGGCUGGCUCUAUGCUUGAAAACCAGUUUAUUUAUAACCUGUCUAAAGUGCUAUAUUCUGUUUGCAGUUAGGAAAUGCAGAAUUCAAAGUGAUCUCCUAGCUUGUAAGCAAACUGAGAUGCACUAUCCCUUUUCUAUAAAAAAUGAGUUAAUGUGUCAAGAAACCAACACUAGUAAGGUGGGGUUUAAUAUUACCCUUUCCUGUGUGUUUUAUCUAAUUAUUUUGGUUGUUAAUAUGGUGGUAAUUAAAAGUCAAAGUAAAUUUUAAACAUUAACAUUUCUGAUUUUUUUCGCUCGCAUUAUGCCACAGGCUUAUGUAAAAAUGAAAGUGGCACCAUGGUGAAACUUAGAGAAAAAAGUUCCUCAGUUGUAACAAUUUUGAUUUAUUUUCUUCCCUGUGCCCUCCUUCCCAAGGUUGUCUUGAACCAUAGCAAAAGGAUACUGCAUCUCUAAUUACUGUAGUGCUGAGGUUAUUAAAGUUAUAUAAUAUACAUCUCAGUCUCUGUUUCUUGGAAAGCUAUCUGUUAAGCCCUGCUAACUGACUGACAAGUCUUCUAAGCAGGGAGAAUUAAAAUUAAUGUAUUUCAUGUUUUGCACACAAAUACAGAGUUUGUAUAACCACAUGACUUCAUAGUUGUGAUCUCAAAAAAGGAAUUUCUCUUUUGUCUUUUUCUUGCAGUUAAUGUAAGAAUACUAUGAAUCUCUACCCUUCUGAAGUGUUUUUGGUACAGGUGGUUUAGUAAAGAUGUAGUAGUAAUGUUUUAUCCAUUUAGCAUGUGUUUAUUUUUUCUUAUGUACUCAAAGGUGACCUAAUCGUUCAGCUUGGUGAUACUACAGCUAAAAAAAUCAUUCAUUAGCAAAAGGAGAAGCAGUCUUAACCUAACAAAGAAAUUAGAAGUGUUUCUUAUUAUUUUAUAUUGAGUUAAAUAUUUGACUCUCUAACACUUUUCUACAUGCAAAAAAAUACAGGUAUCUUGAAGGUUCUUCAUAAUUGCAUUAUAGAGGAAUUUAGUAUGUUGUAAGUACUUUUUAAAGAUUUGACGUUUGGCUGUAGUAUCCGUAUGCUGAUUGAUUUCCUUAUGAGCCCCAUGAUGGAAAGAUUUUAAGAUGAAUUUGAGGAAAGUUGAAAGAAAUUAGAUUAUCAGGUUCUGUUAAAUUGUUAGAUGUAUCUUGCUUAAGUUUUUGUUGAUUAAUUUAUAUCCACCCAAUUAUAUAAAGCAAACUUGGAGGAAACACCUGAAGUUGUGCAAUAUUUUCAGUGAUAAUGCUUUUUUAUCUUUGUGUUUUCUACUUAAACAUGAUGUCUAUAUCACCAGGUAUUAUAGCCAGACUUUUUUUUUUUCUAGAUUGUUAAAAUUGGUAAAUGAACUUUUUUUAAAAAUUAUUUUCCAUGUUACUGUUAGUCUUUCUUUAUUGCAAGGCUUAUCUCACAGAAGUUUGACAGUACUAUUGAAGGAACCAGUAUGAGCUGAAUUUUUUUUUAAAGGCACUUUGUAUGCUUUAAUUUGAUCUCCACAUACAAUGUUAGGAACCAUCAAUUUUGGCUUUUACUAAGUUGUUAAAUAAAGUUAUAUGAUACAGUUGUAAA